AUGGAAUCAGAGGUAACGAGGAUGAUAAAGAUAAGGAGCUGUGAUGGCGCGAUGCUCGACGUGCCAGAGGCAGUGGCGGUGCAGUCGAGGUUGAUAAGGCACGUCGUCGAGGAUGUCGAAGCCGAACACCCGAUCCCAUUGCCGUUCAUCAUGGCGAAGACCCUAACCCUGGCAUUCGAGGACUGCACGAAGCAAGCCGACUUCGCCGCUGCUCCGAAGACGGAGAUCAAGGACUGGGACAAGCAGUUUGUUGACGCGCUCUUGAUGGACGCACUCUACGAUCUCGUCGAGGCGUCGAAUUAUUUGGCGAUUAAAGAAUUGAUGGAUUUGUGUUGCGAGAGAGUUGCCGGCAUGAUAAGGGAGAAAAAUGUAGAAAAAGUACACACAACCUUCGACAUCGUGAAUGAUUUUCCGCCAGGCGGAGAAGACGAGUUUGAGAAGUUGUAG